GUAGGUCUUAAAUUACAAUAUAUUUUUUUAAUACUAUACAUAUAAUGUUUUUUAUGAUUUUUAACGUUAUUUAAUAGAUUUGGUUACUAAGAUUUGUUUUGGUGAAUGUUGGUUUGAUUUGACAAUCAAAAGUCUCUUCAUAAUGCGUGUAAAAAGAAAUAUCGGGCGCUUACAGAAUUAUCGUGUGCUGAAAUGGAAUACAAUUGAACAUAGUCUGUGGCGUUGACUGACAUUGUGAAAUUUCAUUCACUGACUCACUCAUUCAUUGCAAAAAAAGCAGCUUUGCUUAGCCUUCUUUCUUGUCCUUUUGUGAAUUCUUCUGAAUAAAAGCGUUUAUAUCCAUUAGUUCUGUGAUAAAACGACUCAAAAUGGAAAACGCUGAAGAAGUCUUUCAUUUCUUAGAAGACUUUUCAAAACGAAAGCCUAAAACUAUUCCCCAGGAACUCAACGAAUACUUAGCAUACGUAGCGCGUACCGGUGAUCCCGUAUACCAGUGGCCUUUAGUGAAAUGUUUAUUCAAAGAGAAGCUCUUGAACGUUAUAACUGACUUCUACGAGACUACCCCGGGUAUCGACAUCCCGCCGUAUCCGAACGUAGACCCGUUUAACUAUGACAUUAUGAAGAACAGCUUGCUGGAACGCCUAGACGCUUUUACAUCGGCACCAUUUACCGUUCAAAGAAUCUGCGAACUCCUGACGUUCCCUCGUAAGCAGUAUAAUAGAAUAGACAAAUUCAUGAGGGCUAUAGAGAAGAACAUACUAGUUGUCAGCACACGUGAGCCCGGAGCUCAACGCCAUCCUGAGCCUGAGAAUGGAGAAGCCGUAGAACCAGUUGUGAACGGCUCCGACAGCAACUCUGAAUAUAAUGUCGAUGUAGAGAUGGAGGAUAUGUCUUGGAAGGAGAAUACAGAACAGCAAAGCUCCGAACCCCAGCCAAGCUCAUCUGAUACACAUAUUUCAGUAGACGAUAUAGAGGCGCGACUGCAAGCUAAGCAAAAUACUCCAAUGGAAACUCAGGACAAGACACCUACUGAGUAUGAAUCUGUUACUCCACCAGAGCUUAAUGUCAGCACUGAUGAACCUGUUCCAGAAAAUAAAACUAGUGAUACUGCAAUACCUGAAAUAAUACCUGUGACUGAAGUUACUGAGAAAUCAGACUCCACUGACAUAGAAACAGCAUCAGAUGAAGCUAGAACUGAAGUUGAAAUGAAAUCAGAUGUAUCUGAGAAUCCAGCCUUAAUCAUCCCAGAAAUAACAGUUGAUGAUGCAGAAAUGACUGAACAAAAGCUAAUGGAUCAAACAGCAGAAUCAGAAAAAGAGGAACCUCAAAAAGAAGAGGUGCUUGAAAAGGCUGCUGAUACUCCUGAAAAGAAGCCGAAGGAACCAGCCACAGAACAACCAGUCUCUACAGAUGAAAGCAGCUCAGAUUCAACCAUGAAAGAUGAAGAGCCUAAGCAUAUUUCUGAAGUUUCAACAUCAAGCGAAGAAAGCUCAUCAAGUGACAACACAGACGGAAAUAGCAACUCUCCUAAAACUGAUGAAAAUAUUACUGAUACAAUCCAAGAAGAAUCAAUCCAGGAAACAUUAAAAUUAGAGGAUCCUGUGAAAGAAGACACUAAAGAACCAGAAAUUCCACCCUGUGAAGAGAAAAAAGAGGAUCCACAACCUGUGAUUGAGUCUGAUAAUUAUUCCAUUUCUGACAUAAGUUCAGGGUUGCCCCAACCACCAGUUGAAGCUCCUAGUCAAGAAGAGACUCCAUCAGAAGAAGUAAAAGUUACACCAGAAAUUGAGAAGAAAGAGGAGGCUAAGACUGAAAACAUAGGGAAGGAUACAGAAGGUGAUUCAUAAACUUGUCUUUUCAAUUAUUAUAAUAUAUUAUUUAUUAUAAUUAUUUGCAACUUAAGAAUGAUAAAGAAUUGGACAUUCUGAUCAAGAGGAUGAUGAUGUUGAAGUUCAAUAACCAACAUUAGUAGUUGGAAUAAAAAACAGCACACUUUUCAAGCCGAAAUAAAAGUAGUAGAACACUGCCUAGCUGGAGAGAAUUUUCACACAUGGAUUUGUUAGACAGGAAAAUGGAGUCAACAAAUAUUGCAUUUAAUCAUAACUUUCAAAAUGAUUCACCAUUUUACAUUAUUUAGAUCAGAGGUCUCCAAACUAUAAUCUAGAAUCCUGCCGAUCUGAACCAAAAAAAGCCAAAUUACAUACUAUCUAGCCUAUGAAAGGAAGCUAAAGCCUAGAGCUACCCUUUUGUGGACCCAUGUGUUGGACAAAUAAAUUACCUAUUGUGUCUGUAUGCAGAAUCAGUGUUUUUUUAUAAGAGAAUUAAACAAUGGAUUGUAAUAA